AUGGCGCCUCAUUUGGAUGAUAGCGAGCGAGGCUCAAAAUGUGAUGAGAUACUGCGGAAGCCAACAUCGAAGCCAGAAACAGAUGACGACUAUGCCGUCCUCGCAAUUCGAAACCUCGUCUUUGACAUGACGAUGCAAAAUGGCGGGGGCCACGGUGGCUCAGCGGUGGGAAUGGCAGCUAUUGGUGUAGCCUUGUGGAAAUAUGCUAUGCGAUACAAUCCCAAUGACCCGAACUGGUUCGACCGGGAUCGGUUUGUCUUGUCUAAUGGACAUGCCAGCAUGUUCUUAUACGCGAUGAACUACCUUGUGGGAUACGAUGCCUGGACGAUGGACGAGCUGAAGGGAUAUGGAUCUGCGAAGCUGAAUGGAUUUACCACAUUGUCUCAUGCCCACCCCGAGAUCGAAUGCCCGGCGGUAGAAGUCACGACCGGCCCAUUGGGACAGGGGAUAGCGACUGCUGUGGGGCUUGCGAUUGCUUCUAAAAACUUGGCUGCCAAUUUCAACAAGCCUGAUAUCGAGAUUCUCCAAUCCCAGAUAUACUGUAUGACGGGAGAUGGAUGUCUCAUGGAAGGAGUUGCCCUGGAAGCGAUCUCACUAGCAGGAAACCUACAACUAGAUAACUUGGUCCUCCUCUACGACAACAACCAGGUGACGUGCGACGGACCCCUGGAUUGGAUCAACACGGAGGAUACCAAUGCGAAAAUGCGUGCCUCUGGCUGGGAAGUGAUUGAUGUCUACGAUGGAACAUAUGAUGUCAAAGCCAUUGUGGCUGCCUUACACUUGGCUCGUGUCUGCCGUGGAAAACCAGUGUUUAUCAACAUUCGCACUGUGAUCGGGACAGACAGUGCAUUUGCGGGAACUGCUAAGGCCCAUCACGGUCCCUUCGAUUGCGAAAGUAUCGCCAGAUCGAAGGUUCUCGCCGGAACUGAUCCCGAAUCCACCCAUGUCGUUCCUCCUGACAUGUUGGAAUUUUUCCGGGAACGUAAGACGUACGGGAGCCGUCAGCAGCAGGAAUGGAACGAUCGCCUAACCAGGUACAAGUCAAAAUACCCCCUGGAUGGGGAGCGUUUGGCGGCCCGCAUAGGAGGGUCAUUUGGGGAUUGGGUUGCUAUAUUGGAUGGUUUGGACAGCUCCAGGUUUCAAGGCCUGGCAACCAGAGAGUCGAAUGGAGAGAUCUUGGAACUGUUGUGGCAGGCGAAUCCCGCUCUAUGCGGUGGCGGUGCGGAUCUCGCGAAUUCAAACAAAUUCAAAUACUCAGCAGCGGAUGUCUUCCAUCCUGCAACAAGCUUUACUGGUAGAUAUAUUCGACAUGGCAUUCGAGAACACGCGAUGGCCGCCGUUGCGAAUGGGUUAGCUGCGUUUCACCCCGGCACCUUCCUUCCUGUCACUUCAACGUUCUUCAUGUUUUAUCUCUACGCUGCCCCCGCCUUGCGAAUGGGCGCAUUGAGUAACCUGCAAGUGAUCCAUAUUGGAACACACGACUCUUUCCAAGAAGGACAAAAUGGACCAACCCACCAGCCAGUGGAACUCGAUUCACUCUUUAGAGCGAUGCCAAAUCUGACAUACAUCCGACCCUGUGAUGCGGAGGAGCUCAUCGGCGCUUAUCAAUUUGCCCUUGGGGAGAGACAUUCGCCGUCGUUCAUUUCGAUUGCCCGCGAUGCUGUCGGUCAUGUGCCAUCUACUAGCCGUGAAUAUACAGCAAAAGGUGCAUACGUGAUCUGCGAACGGGUCGGAGCUAAUGUGACCCUCGUCAGUUGCGGCUCCGAACUUCACUACAUGGUUGCCGCUGCCGAGAUUCUCAAACAGCGAGGUAUCACUUCUCGGAUAGUCUCAGCGCCCUCUUUGGACAUAUUCAGUAAGCAAUCCAGGGAGUACCAAGACUCCGUCUUCCCCAUCAACCGCUCUCCUAUCGUGAGUGCAGAGGAAUAUGUUCCUCUUGCUUGGCCCCGAUAUGUCACCGCCAGCAUUGGAAUGAAAGGCUUUGGAUACUCUGCAUCGAGAGAAAGCAACUAUGACCGAUUUGGUCUUGAUGCGAUAUCUAUUGCUGACAAGGUGGCACUCUACUUGAAGGAACUGAAUGGCAGGGAUGCUAGGCAACAGGCGUGGGCACUCUUGUAA